UUGGCUUCGGGCCUGAAUCAAUGUUGUCUUCUUGUUUUGAUGAAUUUUCAAUUUUUUAUGGUUAGACACGAGGUUAAAUCGGCCUCGUUUCAGCCCAUCUCAGAGCUUUGGUUUUGUUGAAUUGGCGGGAACCAAAAUGGAUCUAGUGCAAACAUUUGCUUCGCUGCUCUAGAAGGUGUUUUAAUUGGCAAUGGAUGAUGUUAGUCAGUUAGAUCAGAGUGAUUCAAAGGAAGAUGAAAGCUGUAUUGUUGACAACAGACAGCAGUCAAUUCUUUCGUUUUUCAAACCAGUUACACAAAACCUUCCACAAUGCAUAAAUGUAAAAGAAACUGGAAUCCUGUCAGAUAAAAAUAAAACAUGUGAAUCCCAAAGAUCAACUAAAAUAAAUAUUGAAGACACCUGUAUAUCAAAUGAAAUUGAUAGAAAAGAAAAAUCAAAGCAAUGUAAGAAGCAUAAAAGAAAGAGCAAAUCAGGCCAAUCUUUUGAUAAUUUGCAUAAUUGUAUUGAUGAAGAUAUUGUUACAAAAGGUUCUAUUGAAGUAGAGGGAAUUGAAUCAAAUGAAUUGCCCUGCGAGUCUAUUGAUUUAAAUGAUAGUGAAAGUAAGGAAGAGUACAAAGGAGGGAGAAAGAAAAGGAGACAGGGGCAAUCAAAAUGUUCAAAAAAUGAUAAACCUGUUUUAAGUAACCAAGAAUCAAUCAAAAUUAGCGGUGAUGACAACCUUGAAAAUAAUAAAAUGGAAAAUCUGACAGAUUCUUCCUGUGUUAAUCAAAUUCAAGAAUGUGCAGAGGAAAAUGACAGUUUAGAGGACAAGGUAGUUAUUGAAAAAAGCUCUGAUAAUGGUAGUACAGACAUUCACUGUAGGGUAAAAGAGCCUGAAGAGAGAAUAAUUCCCAGAAAUGAAGAGCUAAAAGCUGACCAAAGUCUAGGGUGUGAAAAUGAAAUGAAAUUAAAAGUUUGCUCAGAAGGUAAGAUGGAUGUAAAUUCAGAUGAUGAAGAUGGACAAAAUUUUCACAUAAAAAACAAAAGUGUCAACCGAAAUAAGCCUAAAAAGAAAAGAAGGAAAAUAAUUGAUUCUGAUUCUGACGGGGAAAAUGAAAACCAACAUGGAGAACUGAUGACAAAAAACUCUGCUCUUGUUGAAUUGUCAACAAGCAGUGGAAGCAGAGAAUGCGGCGAAUCUAGUAAAAUAGAUGAAGUUGGUGUAAGAAGGAGCACGAGGGUAAAACAGAAAGAGGUUAGUUAUUGUCAUGAUGAAUUUGCUGAUGAAGAUAAAGAAGAUGAACAUGAGAAAACAAUUAAAAAGGUUAGGAGAAGUGAGUCAAAGGAGAAAGCAGAUGAAACUCACGAAAAGAAACCAAAAAGGAAAAACAAGCAGAAGAAUAUUGAUAAUCAUUCAACAUCAACUGGAGACAAUCCAGAGGAAUGCUGCCAGACCUCUGUGUUGGAUAUGUGUUCUAGCAAAAGAGUACCUAUACCAAAGGGACCUGAAGAAACACAACAGAAUGUUAAAAUUAUAGAUUCCAAGCUUGUUGAAAAGUGCUUGAAUGCUCCUGAAUCAUCAGUGAUGAAAACAAACUUUCUUUCAAAAUUUUCCAAUCAAAAGUUUGUACGACAUGAGGAUACUGUUAUUCUGGAAUCAGAGACAUGCUUACCAACCACAAGUCAUGUUCUGCAGAUCUCAGAUGCUGAAAAUACUUGGUACAAAAGCUUACCAAUGGCUUCAAAAGUAGGGAAAAUUCUUUUAGGGGACACUGAACUUAUGAACAGUUACCAUCCUGUACCAGAUACUUCAAUUUGGACAUGCUUGCUGACCAUGAACAAAACUGUUAUUAAAAAGAUGGAGGUCACCAGUGCAAAAUCUGUGUCGUUAGCUGUCUGUCUCGGAGCAAUAAUGACAAGGAAGAGAGGUUUUCCAAUUUUAGAGGUCUUAGAGGCGUACCUUUAUUGCCAAAAGAGCGUUUUACAGCAGUGUCUUGCUAAAGCUGAGCUGAUGAGAUCUAAUCUGAAAAUGAUAUGGGAAAAGCAAGGAAAGAUUGAGCCAAUUGCACCAGUUGGGGUUUCUAUCCCACAGAGCGAGACCAUAUGUACUACAACGCCUGCCGUUGAUAUAAGAAAUAUGUUCAAGAAAGCUAAAACCCUGAAACCCACUGCAAAGGACGGCGAUGCAGAUAUCACAAGUUGCAAACAGCUGAUAACUGAGAAUGCGUCGAAGGGGAACAGGAAUAGUAGUUCCAGGAAGGGUAAGAAAAGUCAAGUACAGGAUAAAGCAGUUGCUGUCACGAAGGUUGACAAAGCAGAAAAGAAAUCUAAGAAAAAUGAUAAAACAAGAACGAAGAAUAAAAGUGCACAUUUGGAUCUAAGUGUUGAGUUGAUUGAAUCACCGCAAGCAAAGUUAAGCGGAACAAUAAAACAGUCGUUUGCUAAAGUAUCAAAACACCCACGACAGAAAGAAUUAGAAGAUAUUAAGAAGGCUUCAAAAUCCAAAGACGAGAAGGGCCACGAGAAAGGUGACGAUUCUAAUGAUAGUUCUACUAGAAGACGAUCAGGAAGAAAAAUUGAGAAGAAGGAUUAUAAAGAAAGUGUCACGAAUUUUGAUCCGGAUGAGGACCGGCUCGAAAUCACUAUAAAGGAAGAUAAGCAUGAGACGCUGUCGUCUACGAAGAAUGUUGAUGGACCAACUAUUGAUGCAGGAGUUGAUUACCAAGACAAGGUGAAAGAUUAUUGCAGCAAAAAGAAGACGAAGAAAAAGAAACGAAAACACGCAAAAUGUUUAGUCGAUGAUACUCCAGCUGGUACGGAUAUGAAUAUUGAAGAUGAGAAUGUAGAAGGUGAUAGCAGUAAAAAAGCUGAAGAGAAGAAGAGCAGGAAGAAACCUAAGAAACAGAAGAAGAAGGAACAGAAUAGUGAAGAGAAAGAGAAAGUUGAGAAAAAAGAUGAAAAUGUUGACAGCAAAAGCUCCACACCAUCAAACGCUGAUAUUAGAAAGUUGUUCAACGAUAAAAGAAUGAGCAGCAAAGAGAAAAAAGACAUUGAACAUAAAAAAGAAGAGAGAAAAGCUACAGUGUCAGAUCAUAGUCUAAAUGAUUCAGUCAUCGAAGUUCUGCCAGCAGUUGAAAGUUAUGAAGUUAAAUCAGGUGAAGCUGAAACUUCAGUGGAAAAGAAACAGGAAAUUCGUUUGCCAUGUGGCUUAGAUAUAAGAAAGUUCUUUGGACAAAAGUCAUUAAAUUGCUCUUUGGAAAAACCAACGCCAGUGUUUGUUGGCUGUAAGGGGGAAGAUGAUGUCACAAAUAGUAAAAGUGCAGAAUGUAAGCCAGAUUCGUUAGGGAAAGCUGAGCUUACUGAGCGCUGUACGGUUGAAGAAAGCUCGAUAUGUAAUGAGAAUGCAAACGAGGACAAAGAUGCUUGCAAAGCUGAUGCUGGUGCCAGAAAAAGGGGAAGGAGACCUAAAGGUAAUACCCGAGCUGGGGUUUUGAAAAAGGAAGGCAGUGUUAAGGUCACAAAUAUGCCAAUGGACAUUGUGUCAACAGGACAAAAUAAAGGUGCUACAGAAAUUAUGUGUGAGGCUAAGAACGCUACAGAUAUUAAUUGUGAGGUGGCCUGUUCUAAAACACGGAACAGUGAAAUGAAUGAUGAAGUUAGUGAUAAGGAUUUUUCACCAUGUGAGAAAAGAAAUGCUAUAAUUAUGUUGUAUUUUUCAUCAAAGAAGUCCGUUUCUUCAGAAGCGCCUACUGAAGAAAGCAAAGAACUUACAACUGACAGGGACUUAAUUUGUGCCAGAACUUUAGAAAAGAAGCCUUGUGACACGGAUAAACUUAAAGAGGUAACUACAGAAGAUGAUGACAAAGAAGUAACUACAGGAGAAUUCUCUUCGACGGAUCAUGAAAAAAACGACAGGCUGGGCUUGGCUCAGGAAAAACAACGUAAGAAAAAUGAAAAGUUAGAGGAAGAAAAUUGUGAACAGGAUAAGGGCAAAAGCCCAUUGCUUAAAAGUGGAGAUAAAUCUAGAAAAGUUGAUGUAGAAAGUGAACAUGACAUUUGUACGAACGACGAAGCCGCCACCUCUGAUAUAAAACUAGAAGAUAUAACUCCCAGGUCAAAACGUAAACGGGAUGUAGAGCCUUCAAUAGACCCUUCUUGUGCCGAAGCAGAUGCAGCUUCAGUGACUCCUCCUUUGCAAUUUGCUACUAAGAAAUCGAAAAGACAGAAGUUUGACGAAAAUGUAAUACUUGAUGGUAAACAAUCUGCCAUGAAGCAAGAUGAUAAUUUAGUUGUACGCGAAAAGGAUUGUCCUCUCGUUUCUCUCGAGGGAAAUUCCGAUGAUAACGAAGGAUGUUCAAACUCAGGUGAACAUGAGGGAAAGUUGCCAGAGGAAAUAAAAGAGAAGGAACUGGAAUUUCCGUGUCCUAUUUUGGAGAAAAUUGACGUAUCAAAUGUUGUUCAGCAAUCAUCUCAUCACCUUGUGGACAGCAAUUCCAAUGGUUCAGAUUCAAAUGACCCAGUUAUGGCCUUACACCGAAGUAACAUAAACUGCGAAGCAGAACCUGAUAACGAGGGUAUGAAUGCUAAUGAGACUGAAAACCACGAUUCUUCUGCAGCCACCAAUGGUGAUAAACCUUGUGUAAUGGAAGUGGAUCAGCCCUUGGAGCCUGUUUCAAAUAUAAAAAAUAGUGACUUGACAGAGAAAAGCGAGAGGAAUGAAAAAAGCAACGACAAAGAGAAUCCUGAGCAAGAAAAGCAAGACGGCAAAACAUCUGAUGAUGUUAAUUUAAGUAGGUCCAAACGUUCAAGGGAAAUAAAAAAUGAACUUUUAGAGGAAACUGGUCAACUGGAAAGUGACAGUGGGCGGAGACGAUCUUCCCGUGUAAAACAAAAAGAGGAGCAAAGAAUGAUCGAGGAGGAGGAAAGAAGGGAAGAACUUAGGUUAGCUAGGGAAGAGCAACGGAGAAGAAAGGAAGAACUGAAGUUGGCGAAAGAAGAAAACAGAAGGAAGGACGAAACCCUGCAUAAAGAGAUUGGCGAAGGUGAUCUUUGCACAAGUCCACUGUCAAAGAAAAGAAAGAGGUCACCCAAUGCCUCAGAGAGCAAAAAAGAGACAAUGGAGAGCAACGACAUGCCAAAUGACGUAUCGCUAGAAAUAUUAGAGCCAGUAGAAUCAUCUACAACUAAUUCAUCUUCAAAGGACAUGACGACAGAAUCUGCUGAUAAUCACCAAGACAGUAGGAAAGAUUUUGAAGUGCAACCGGUCACGGAAGACUUUGUCAAUUCAACGUUAUUAUGGACAGAGAAGUACGCACCAAUGAAACAUGAGCAAGUGAUUGGCAACGCAAGCCACUGCAAUGAGCUUUUUGAUUGGCUGUCUUCAUGGAAGGAGAAACACGAGCAUCUUGUUAUGCAAAUGAUGGCUUCAAAAGCGCACAGGCCACGUGCCAAGAAUGACGAUGAUCACAGUGAUUUUGAAGACAGUGACGAGGAAGACAAUCUGUCUAAUACUUAUUUGAUAAUUGGUGAAACGGGUUGUGGAUCAACGGCAGCUGUAUAUGCCUGUGCUCAGGAGCUAGGCUACAAGGUUCUCGAAAUGAAUCCAUCGAGUCACCGAUCUGGCAAGCAGAUUCAAGCACUUCUUGGCGAGGCCACUCAGAGCCACCAAGUGAAGCGUAAAUUCCACGGUUCUGCGAACGAAUCCGGAAAAGGAGCCGAUGGGACAAAGGGAUUUCUUCCCUUUUUUGGUGCCAAGGCAGAGGGAAAAACCGAAGAAGAAAACAACAGUCAAAGCUCAGAGAAGGAAACUGAGAAAGGAUCUGAGGAAAGUGAGUCAUCGAAGGAACAAUCAGAGCAAAGUGGAGGCAGUGGAGAUAUGUCGUUGAUUCUUUUUGAGCAGGCUGAUGUUGUUUUUGACGAGCAAGACAGAGGCUUUUGGUUUGGAGUGAAUGAAUUGAGAAAGGAAGCUAAAAGACCUAUUAUAAUAACAGCGAAUGAUCCUUUAGUAUCAUGCAAACUUGACGGAGGAUCAUACUCUCUCCUGACAAUGGAGGCAGUUGAUUACGAAACGAUAGCCAAUCAUCUCGAGGCAAUCUGCCUGGCCGAGCAAGUGAUGCCGCAGCGGGAAUUGAUAAGAGAUGUUAUUGCUAAAUGUAAUGGAGACAUCAGAAAAUCUUUGUUGAAACUGCAAUUUCUUCUUGAACAGUGGCAAAAUCCUUGUCACGAGGCCUUGUCUAAAUCAAUCAGUAAGUUGAUGGGACAAGAUGACAUCAAAGAGGCCCUGCCUGUUGUCGAUAGUUUCUCUGAAAUGAAACCUGUUGUUGUGACUGAAGAACUGGUCCCAAGGGAAGGACGUGGCAUGGUUACUGGCUCUGCCGCAAAUCAAGAGGUGAAGGCCAACAGCAAUUGUAAAGAACCUUGCUCUGAACUGGACAACAUUAUUGUGGAUAUCAAAUGCGAAGUUGUAGAAGACGAAGAGGCUCAGAAUCUAGGCCCUGAAAUAUACGAUUGUCAAGUGGAAGAUUUACCUGGUCCUAAUGCAGUUGAAAAGGAAGAGACUGGGGCUGAAAAUGCUGAAUCGAAAUCAGAGGAUCGCUUAGAAGAGUUAGAUGCUUUCAUUGCCAUGGUACAUGAAACCGAGGACUCCACUGUAAAGGAGACUGGAAAUGCUCUAUUCGAUAUUACACAGGUCACCGAAGAAGAGCUCCUUGCCAGUAAAUCGAAGCAAAGUUUUUGGUCUCUCGGUCAGUGUACUCGGGGCGUGAAAAAUGAAUCAGAAACUUGCCGUUCUCUCAGGAAGAUUGCUUCAUCUGCCGAACUCGUAUCUUCGGUGGACAUGCGAGGAAUACCAGACCAUCUUUCUCUAAGGGACAGUCUGCAGUCACACGGCUGGUGGCAUGGUAGAAUUGUCGACGGUAUUACAGACGAGGAACGGUUUUCCUUUGGCAGUGGCAAUGCCUAUAUCUCGAACCAGCUGUUUUCAAAGGUGCAAGAUGCAUACAAGGAAAUUCACGAAGCUGUCCUUAACCGUGAUGGUGUCUGUUGUUCUUCGGCAGAUAUUCAGGCCAGGGAUACGAAGUCGGUUUUCAAAUCUGUUGAAAACUUAUUACCUUGCUCCGGCCGCUCUGACCAUGGCGCUCUCUGUGUUGACAUAUUGCCAACAUUAAGUACGAUUUGCAAAUCUGAAGAGCACCGGAAACACACCCAGUUUGGAAGAAGAUCAAGAAGAUUUCUACAUUACCUCGACACAAUCGGUUUUCAUUUAGAGCCCGAACUUCAAGAAAAGUUUGUAAGAACUUGGGUUGGUAAAACAAAUUACCGAUACAAAUGGUGCUAAAUGAGGCCCAUUUUGCUUGGCUACUGUCCAGUAAAUAGCCUCGUUGAUCACAGAUUGGAAGCGAGGCAAUGUUGACCUAAUUGCGUUGCAAGACAUCUAUUGAUUAAGUUUUAAAAGGAACAUUUAAAAGUAAGAUGAUUAGUUUGGUUUAAUUUAUAAUAGCUUUAUCAUUUAAUUACUUUGAAAAAGUCGUCAUAAUCAAAGUAUUCAAGAUUUAUUUACCUUAUCGAUUCUCGAGCUUUGCUCAUUUAUUCUUGAAUCAAAAUUGUUAAAACGCUUUUCCAGCUGUUCAUUUAGUUGGUCAAUAGAGCCAAAUGCCUAAAAUGUUCGCAUAAAGCUGAUUUGGAAGAGCGAAGUUUUUUAUUUGAUUUAAUUUACUUAUUUCAUAUGAGUGUUAAAAGUAUUUAUGUCAAAAUAUUUAGCUAUGUUUGUUUAUCCUGGCCAUUGAUAACAUUUUAAUUUUUAUGUUUAUUUGUUUACAUCUGCUGAAUGUAAUUUAAAAGUAUCCAACUUUGAGAAAUUGUAUUAAUUAGUAUUAAUAUUUUACUAUAUUCUUCUGUUUAUAUUUAUGUUUAUGAAUGUAGUUAGAUCAUAGCAAGUUUUACCUUCUC